AUGAGUAUUUACAACAAUAUUGUAGACCUCGUUAGAAAUAAGAAGGAGGUAAUAAAGGAAGAAAAGAAACAGAGAGGGUUGAGCAUUGGAUGUUCUAAAAGUGGUGUGAAGGAAAAGAAUGCGAGGGGAAGCAGCUGCGGGAAGAGGAGAAGUGGAACUAGCGAAAGGAGUAGACAGAAUAGUAAGAUAAAUAAUGUGGAGAGUCAACUGGGUAGAAAUGCACUGAUAAACAACUUCCUUAGUGCAGAGAAACUGAUAAAAGAAAUACAGACAUUGAAAAAUGUUUCUCUAGGAACAGCAUUAUAUCUCCUAAAUGUUGAAAUUAGCAAAAUCGAAAAAAUGAAAAAGUGUGAAAAAUGGGAAAAUAUUCCUUAUAUAUAUCAGAAGACAGCUAACGAAAUACUUCUCAAUAGAAAAGAAUAUAUAAAAAAAAUACAGAAAUUAUAUUCACAAGAUGAAAAAGAAAUGACACAAAGGAAAAAUCCUUUAGAGAAAUCCUCUAAUAAAAGUGUUCGAUCACGAUCUGUUCAUAAUAAAAAAUUUAAUGAAAAACCAUCUGUUCAUUUUAAUGAUUUAGUUCGCUCCUAUUCACAUGGACAAGUAAGCGGUAGAAAAUUUGUAACCAAUUUUAAGACAUCGAAUGAUACUUCUCAUAAUAGCCAGAUGGGUGGAAAAGUUAGAAAUAUCAAAUACAAAACUAAGAAAACGAGUCAGGACACGACAGCAUGUGAGUCCAUUUCCAGAAAGGUUAACAAUACUGUUGGUGUAGAAUUUCGCAAGGUUAAGAAGGAUAGUCGAGAUGUCACUCCCAGUGAAAUUAAUUCUUCCAUUGGGCGUGUAGUGAAAUAUAGAGGUUGUUUCUAUGACAGCUGCAAAGCAGAAAUUGGUCCUAACGACAGUGAGUCUGGUCCAAAUGGGUUCUCCCCAAAUGGGUUCUCUCCAAAUGGGUUCGCUCCAAAUGGGUUCGCUCCAAAUGGGUUCGCUCCAAAUGGGUUCGCUUCAAAUGGGUUCGCUCCAAAUGGGUUCUCUUCAACUGGAUUCGCUAAAGAUGAUUCCAAGAAUAAGGACCCCUCUGAUGAACGUCGCAACAGAAGCGGAAAUUGUCUUUUCUACUAUGAACAAACAGACAAAGAAGAAAUAAAAAAUAAAAUUUCGAAAGAGGUAGAGAACAAGAAAGGAGAAAUAACUAAUGGGGGAAGUAAACAGAAGAAAGAAAGUCGCAAAAACAUUUUGAAAAAAAAAAAUGAACGAAAUGAUGAAGAUUCAAUGAAGAAGGAUGUAGUUCAGGGUACUACAUGUGGAAUGCAAAGAUAUAACUGCUUUUCUACAAGAAAAGAAAAUUUACACAGUGAUAGUAACAAUAAAAAAUCGUCGAAUAUUUACAAUUUUGGAAAUGCAGGUAACACUCUUCACGAUGGAUGUAACCUAAGAAGGAUGUCACAGUAUGAAUGCUUCAACUUAAAGAGUCAAUCCUGUGUGAAUACAAAAAAAGUUAUCCCAAACUUCGAGAGACAUACCGUUUCUUCAUUUAUUAAAAAUUUAAGUACACAGAAAAAAUAUAUGCAAGAGAAGAAGAAAAUCACUCAAAAAGGAAAAAAACAGAAAACCAUGAAAGACGAAGAAAUUCGUCUACAUAAAUCCAAAAGAGCGCUCUCCGAUUUUAAUGGUUUAGAAAAGUAUAAAUUAUCCAAGGUACAAAUGAUGCACAAAUUUUCAACGAUGGACAAACUGCACAAGUUAAGUCUUCUUAACGAGUUCAGGAAGUUCAAAAAUCUGGAAAAACUAUCUGAUACAAAAGAUAAAGAAGAGGACUUACACAUGGAAAAGGCUCAACCAUAUCAUAACUCCCUUCUUGGUCGUGCCUCUCCCAAUCGAGGAACUUCUUCCAAUCGAGGAACUUCUUCCAAUGACCGCACCUCUUACAAUUGUCGUACCCCUUACAAUUGUCGUGUCUCUCACAAUAGUAACACUUCUUAUGAUGAAGAUGCUGCUUUUGAAGAACUAUGGAACUCCCUGAUAGACAGAAAGACUUCUAUAAUGAGGAAAUUAAGUUCAUCCAUCAACAACAAAUUCGAUUUGUACCACAUAGAAUGUUUAAAUGAAAAUUAUUCAUGGGUGAAGAAUCUAAGAAAUUACAACAAUCCAAUGUGCAAAACAAGACAAGUUUCAUUCAAGAAAGACAGCUGGAUAACAUCAUUCUCAAAACCUGUGAUAACUACAAUGAACAACAGAUUUGAUCAUAGCAGAAAGAAGACAAAAAUUAGAAAAACCAACACACCUCAGAGUAGCAUCAUCCCCUUGACACGAGGAGGAUCUCAAUCUAGAAGAAAAUCCAUGUCACGCUUGAUGCAUGUCGGGAGUGCACCAUGUGGAAACGCUCCACAUUUGACAGAACGGGUGUGCACGACGGAUCCUGCUGAUGGUGGUGGUGAUGAUAGUGAUGAUAAUGAUGAUGGUGGUGAUGAUAAUGAUAAUGAUGAUGGUGGUGAUGAUAAUGAUAAUGAUGAUGGUGGUGAUGCCCACGCGGACGAGCUCUCCCUCACGAUGCAAGCGAACAGAGAGAAGAAAACAAAUGCACCAUGGGAAGAGGCAGAUGUAGAAUACCUUAAAGCGAAUGAAGCAACGAUUCAAAAGGACCAUGUGAGACAUUCUUUGAAUAUAGAAGACAAGACUCCAUUAGAAAAAAUACAGAAACGUAAAAGUCUCGUAAAAAUGGAACAAAAUAUUAUGAAAAAGUUAAACGAAGAAGAAGAUCUAGGUAAGUCCACACAGAACUUAUGCAGCUUAAGACAUAACCCUCCACGUGUUUAUGAAAUUUUGAUUAACGUUCCAAAGAAGGAUAAUAAUAUAGGAUAUACAGAAUCGCAAUAUUAUGCUGAAGAUGAAUCAGACAAUAGUUCAUAUAUGAUUCAAAAUAAUGAAGGAGAAUAUCAUGCAAAUCCAUCUAGAAACCACAUGUUUUGUACAGAUGAAAAUUACAAUAACUCACAGAGUAAAUGUAUCAGUUUAAAAUUAAAAGGAAGACAAGUGUUUCAAAAUGGUCUUGAUUGUAAUUGGCAUAAAUAUGUCAAUGAAAAAUUAAGAAAGGUAGACGACACAUCUAAAGAGCACAAAAUAAUAUAUGAAAGAGUACUACCAUCUGCAUCUACUUGUUUUGGUGCAACAGGACGUAAUAAGUCUUGCAGUAUGUUCAAAGUGAUGGAAAAUAACGGAGAAGUGAAGAAUGCAGCGUCGACAAAUAGCAAUCUUAAUUAUAAUUUGAAUACAAUGAGGAAUAAAUCACUCAGUAACAUUGGAAGAGGCACAGUUCAAGAUAAAUUCCUCGACAAUGCCGAUUCAUUAGAGAGGAAGUAUCAUGCCGAUUCAUUAGAGAGGAAGUAUCAUGCCAAUUCAUUAGAGAGGAAGUAUCAUGCCGAUUCAUUAGAGAGGAAGUAUCAUGCCGAUUCAUUAGAGAGGAAGUAUCAUGCCGAUUCAUUAGAGAAGAAGUAUCAUGCCGAUUCAUUAGAGAAGAAGUAUCAUGCCGAUUCAUUAGAGAGGAAGUAUCAUGCCGAUUCAUUAGAGAAGAAGUAUCAUGUCGAUUCAUUAGAGAAGAAGUAUCAUGCCGAUUCAUUAGAGAGGAAGUACCUUGAGAAGAGACAAGUAUCGCAAGAAAGAGAAGAGGGAAACACUUCCUUCACGAAGACAAUGAAUGUUUAUAACAAUUUUCUCCUGCGUAGUGGAAAUGACGAAGAGUUAAAAAUGGUGAAAUUUGGUUCUAAAGAAUUUGAUCAAUCGAAAAUUGGGUCCGUCCAAUUGCAUUUCCCAAAGUUGGAUGCAUCAAAAUUAGAUGCAGAGAAACCAUACAAGUUAAGUCACGAGGGUUCGUUGAACCACAUAACAAAACACGCUGCACCAGAGGGAGAUAUAUUUAACAAUCUCCUUAAAUCAUCAACAGAAAUGAACAAUGUGUCCAGAAAAAAGAACCUGUAUGACACUCACAAGUCAGUAGAAAGGUACACGAAUAAUGAUUCACGUGAAAAAGCUCGAAAAAUGGAGAGCUCAUUCUUGAGAGAAAAAUAUACAAGUAGUGCUGCAAGUCAGGAGAAUGCGAAAAAUUCAGAAUUUGGCACAGAAUCAAGUGCAGAUAUAGACAUGGUGAAAGGAAAUGGUUUAACUCAUCAACCAACAUUGAGUAAGACAAAAAAGGGAUGUGUCCUUAAUACCCAUACAGGAAUAGCCCCUUCGAACGGGAAUUUUCCAGGUAAAGCAGAAUCGAUUCCAUAUGAAAAUAUGAAAUUGUUGAUGCACGAAAGCUGUGAAAUGGAAAAAGAUCAUCAAGACAAUGUUGUGCGUGAAGUGUACCUUGAUGAGAUGAACAGAAAACCAACGACGUACAGUUUUCCAAUUUUUAAAAAUGAAAAUGAAAAAAGUAGAGAAAAGACAACGAUAUCUUUUGCAGAACCUAUGUCAGACAAUUACGUGAUGAUUAAAAAUAAAAUACCUAUCCCUAGACUAAAAUUAGGUGAAAUUCAAAAUAAAAAAAAUUAUAAUUCGUAUGAAAUACAAGAAAUAUAUCAAAAUAGAAAUAAAAUUUUAGAUAAAGAUGCAACAAAUCAACUCAAUUUGAUGAACAGUAGAAGCAUCAGUAAGAACAGAUUACAGAUUCAUAAUCCUGCACGCUUCCCAAUAAUCACAUGUAACAAUAUUGCAGUUAAAGGUUUUAUGAACCCAUUUAUUAAUAGUAUGAAUUGUUUGACAAGCAAUAAUCAUAAUCCAAUAAAACAAAGCGAAGAUAAAGAAGAUAUAGACACGAAUGAACUAUAUCUAGAAAGUAAAUACACAGGAAAAAAUAGUAAGUGUACUCAUUUGAAUGAAAAUAAGAGUAUAUCCCAUUUGCAUCAGUUGGAUUCUCUGCCGUUUGAUGUAUCAAAGGAAAAUAAAAUAAAAACAUAUCCCAGAUCUUUCACAACUGAUUUAGAUAUUCACAAAGAGAAUUUAAAUGAGAAUUUAAAUAAGAAUUUCAAUAGAUCACGAACAAAUCUUGUAUACCCAAGAAAAAAAGCUUCUUUCAAUAGAAACUGUUCAAAGAAAGUGAAUCUUCCAAAAGAAGAAGGGACAGGUACAAACAUAUCUGAAAAUCAUAUGUCCAUGAAAUGUAUUAAUAAUGGGGAAAUAAUUAGUCAAAAGGGUAGUAAAGUCUUUAAUUAUCACUCACUUUCGAUGGAAAAAAAAAACAUUCCUGAAGAAGAAUUUGCACAUGUAUCUGCUUCAAUAGUUUCAUCUUCCAUCCCGGUUCUAACAAAACCUUCAAUCAACUUGUCAAAGAAGAAGAAAAAGUUUUUCAUGAAUGGGUGUGAAGAUGUGCGAUGCAGCAGUAUCCACUUUGAAGACAUCCAAAAUGGAGGAGCAAUUCAAAAUGGAGAAGCAAUUCAAAAGAGAGAACCUAUUGAAAAGGUCGAAACAGACGAAACAGACACAGUUGGUGACACGUGUACCAAUGCUAUGGUUCUUAAUUCCACCAGCGGAUGUACUAAUGUAUGUUUCUGUUCAGGUAACGUUGAAGGGUUGAUCAAUAAAAGUUCAGAGGAUCAUGAGUUUUACGAUGAUUCUUCUGGUGAGCCUGGCAAUGAUUCUUCCUAUGAGUCUGGAGGGGAGUCUCCAUAUGAUUUAGAUGAUGAUCCAGGGAAUGAAGAAAUCAUGAGAACAAAUAAAUACGUGCAGAAGUGUAAGCUCUCCCAUGAGGAAAUACAUAGUGGAAGUUUUCAUUGCAAGGAAAAGCAUCACCAAGGGGAAGAGAGGAGAAAAUUCAGAGAAAAAGAAGAAGGAGGAGAAGAAGACAUUAAAUGUGGAGGAAAUGCAGAUAAGAAGACGGGUUCUAAGGUAUGGGACGAAGAUAAUAACACUGAUUUUAAACGAUUUGACAGAAAUGUACAUGCAAAUGAAAAGGAGACUAAGAGAAUGCAAAACACGAGCAUGAUAAUGGCUCCUCCUAAUACUUGUGGUACACUGGAUAAGGCACACGAGAACAACACAGAAACGAAGAAAAACAAAUCAUACACUAGAAUGAUAAUGGAGUUUUUUGGGAUAACUAGCUUAAGUAAAAAAGUGGAAACGGACGAAACAGGUGGAAGUAAAUUCAACGGUGGAACCUGCCAAAAUGGAAAGAAGACACCAAGAUCAAGCUUUGUUGCAAACAGAGGAAUUUGCACCCUUCCUCCCAUGAGGAAGACCUUCAUAAGGAAUACAAAGAAAAGAGAUACGAAUCAAGCUGUUCCAUCCAAUGUCUCUAGAACAGACAAUCAAAGCAAGGUGUCUCCAUUUGAUAAUAAUUUUUGUCAAAAUGUUUCUAGAAUGUCUGAAAAGGGUAGAAGAAGUUUCUCCACGCACUGCACAAAUUUCAACAUAAUACAAGGCACAGACUUAUGCAAUUUUAGAUUUAUUCCAAAGGAUGCGAAAAAGAUUGGUGGAAAUGUACAUAUGAAUAGAUACAAUUAUAAUGAAGCAGAUCUCCGUAACCGAAUUGUGGAUCUGCAUGUCAGUCCAAUGCAUUACAUGAGAAAUAGAACCCAGAUGAAGGAAAACUGCAAUGUGGAUGUAGGGAACCACAUAGAUCGAUUACAAAGUGUGAAAUUUUCAAAAAAAAAUACCGCACUUCCACUGAUUAACACCAAUAGAUAUUCCAUUGAUGAAUGGAGAAAAUCCUCAAAAUGUUGUGAAAAUAUCAACAUGGAAGAAAGAAAUCUCAUUGCAUUGAACAAUUUUUCUACCAUGAUCCCGUGUAAAAAUAAUGAAGUGAUGAUGUUGAGAGCAGGAAAUAAGACUUUUCUCCAAGAAAAUGAAAAUAAAUACAUUAAUAGUAGAUUCACAAAUUUCAACAUGAAUGAAAGACGACCAGCUGAAGAAAUUCCACAUUCGAAUUUUGCAUUACAAAGUAGUAACAUUGGUAAUGGUAGUAGCAUUACUCUGGCCAAUCAUAGCAACAACAGAACCACAAGAGAAGCUUCAACUCAACAAUAUCAAUUUGAAAGUAACAGAACUAGAACAAGAAACGAAACGUAUAAUGAUCAAAAUUUAACAGACAUAUCAGAUAGAAGUCCAUUACAUUUAUCAUCUCAAAUGAAAAAUAUACAAAAUGGUUCAAACAUUGACGAAAUUAAUAAUCACAAUUUUGAUUUAAAAAACAUAGAUAUUCAAAAUAUGGAGGCAAUUCCUUCUCCUUCUCCACCAAUCGAAUUUGGAAUCACACAAUCUAAACAAAAUCCAUUUGUUCAUGAACCCAUUAUUAUGCCGUACAAACAAAUCAAUCUUACCAAGGAAUUGAAAAAAUAUACAAAUGAUGUAGUAAUCUCAAACAUGGAUUACACAAACGAUGAAUUCAGUAUGAACUUGAACAGUAAGCCUUUUCCAAUGCAUGGCUUCAAUGCAGGGAUGAAUGGAAUUAAUGAGAAUUCCCCUGCAAACGGAUUCAAAAAUAGAUGCGAAGAAGCGAAUCAUUUUAUUCAAAAGGAUAUGAAAGGUGGUAUACAACCAAUCAAUGCUUCUUCUAUGCAAGCUCAUCAAGAUGUGCAGAAGAAAAAUGAUGAACCCCGAAUGGAGUUUUCGUCUAACGGCCCCGUAAUUCCUCGGGUGCACAACUGCCAGAUAGCCCAAGCGCAGGUGAGAGAGGAAGCAGAAUAUGUGGAAGAUGUAGAAGAUGAGGAAGAAGAAGAAGUAGAAGAUGUAGAAGAUGAGGAGGAAGAAGAUGUAGAAGAUGAGGAAGAAGAAGAUGUGGAAGAUGUAGAAGAUGAGGAAGAAGAAGAAGUAGAAGAUGUAGAAGAUGAGGAAGAAGAAGAAGUAGAAGAUGUGGAAGACGAGGAAGCAGAAGAAGAAGUAGACGAGGAAGUAGAAGAAGAAGUAGACGAGGAAGCAGAAGAAGAAGAAGACGAGGAAGUAGAAGAAGAAGUAGACGAGGAAGAAGAAGAAGAAGUAGACGAGGAAGAAGAAGAAGAAGAAGACGAGGAAGAAGAAGAAGAAGAAGACGAGGAAGAAGAAGAAGAAGAAGAAGAGGAAGAAGAAGAAGAAGAAGAAGAAGAAGAAGAAGAAGAAGAAGAAGAAGAAGAAGAAGAAGAAGAAGAAGAAGAAGAAGAAGAAGAAGAAGAAGAAGAAGAGGAAGAAGAAGAAGAAGAAGACGAGGAAGAAGAAGAAGAAGUAGACGAGGAAGUAGAAGAAGAAGUAGACGAGGAGGAAGAAGAAGAAGUAGACGAGGAAGUAGAAGAAGAAGUAGACGAGGAAGUAGAAGAAGAAGUAGACGAGGAGGAAGAAGAAGUAGAAGAUGUGGAAGAUGAGGAAGAAGGAGAUGUGGAAGACGAGGAAGCAGAAGAAGAAGUAGACGAGGAAGCAGAAGAAGAAGUAGACGAGGAAGCAGAAGAAGUAGACGAGGAAGCAGAAGAAGAAGUAGACGAGGAAGUAGAAGAAGAAGUAGACGAGGAAUCAGAAGAAGAAGUAGACGAGGAAUCAGAAGAAGAAGUAGACGAGGAACUAGAAGAAGAAGUAGACGAGGAACUAGAAGAAGUAGAAGAUGUGGAAGACGAGGAAGCAGAAGAAGUAGAAUUAGAGAUAGAUGUGGAAGAUAGCGAAAUUGAGGGAUCAGGCAAAGAGAGCAAAGUGGAUUACGACAUGAAGGCAAAUGGCGGACCUCAAAUAGAUAACAACUCCUCAUUCUAUAAUAAUGUAUCAAUUCAAAAUAUUUUUCAUCAAAAAAGUACGAAAAGUGUGCAGGAGAAUGGUGACUUGGACUUGUACCCGAAGGGAAGUUUACACACGAUCAACUCAAAUGAUGCAAUGAAGAGAAUCAAUGGAGCACUCACUCUACAUGAUGAUGGGAACUUUAUAUCAUCAUCGAAUGAAUCCAAUAGUGAUAAUGAUAAACAUGUAUUAUACAAAGAUAUGUCUAACAAAAUUCCUCGUUCAGAAACAUUCCAUAAUGACUACGUAACAGAAGCUAACAAUUAUGAAGAUUUAAAUAAGGACUAUAAAGGUGAGAAACAUAUAAAUGUGAAAAGUGUAAACGAGAAUAAUUAUCAUCAUGCAGAAACACUUAAUGUAUGUAACACAACUUCUUCACAUAAAUACAUGAAUGACAUUGCAAAACAAAUGAAAAUGGAAAAGGAAAAUAACAAAGAACUAAAAAAGAAGCUUCAAAAACAGAUACUGAUACAGAGGGACCUUGUGCGAAUGAAGGAACAACAGCAGGUUUACUUGGAACUUCUCAAAAAAAAUGAUGCUCAGAAUCAAAUGGAAAAAGAACCUAUAGUCUAA